CGCACGACGUACAGAGUGCUCAAACCGGCCCAUUUGAUUGGUACACGACAGAAAAUGUUUGCGGUAACAAACUAGCACCGAUUUUGUGGUACUGGAAUCGUCAGUAACACUCGUCUAACCUUUAUCAUCGGUAACACGCUCUUCCACACUUGCGAGGUUACGGCGGCAUACAGAAUGAACGAUGGCAUACCAAACGAUUCGCCAAGAGUAUCUGGAGAUACCGAUUGUAACGAGGGUGUAUUCAACGGCGUGCAUUAUCACAACACUGUCUGUGCACCUCGACAUUGUCACACCGUUCCAGCUGUACUUUAAUCCAAAACUCAUCUUCGAGCACUAUCAACUUUGGCGGAUCUGCACAACGUUUCUAUUUUUCGGUACUUUCGGGUUUAACUUUUUGUUUAACAUGAUUUUCACAUUCCGGUACUGCCGUAUGUUGGAGGAAAAUUCAUUUCGCGGCAAAAGUGCGGAUUUUGUGAUGAUGUUUCUUUUCGGCGGCACCGUACUGGUUAUUCUUGCACUGUUUGUCAAUUUACUUUUCCUAGGGCAAGCCUUCACCAUCAUGCUUGUCUACGUGUGGUCCAGGCGAAAUCCAUUCGUGAGGAUGAACUUUUUCGGCGUGUUAAAUUUCCAGGCACCUUAUCUACCGUGGGUCUUACUGGGAUUUUCAGUGCUAAUAGGAAACACCAUCUGGGUCGAUCUAAUUGGUAUUGUGGUGGGCCACAUGUAUUACUUUCUCGAGGAUGUGUUCCCCAACCAAGCAGGUGGCAUGAAACUUCUUAAGACUCCAAGAAUUCUCAAGCUGCUAUUCGACGAAGUGCCAGACGAUCCCAAUUACGUACCGUUACCAGAAAACCAACCGGGAGGUUUCAAUUGGAGGCGGAACAACUGAGGGUAAACCAGAUGGUAAAAUUCGAACCGAUUCAAUAAAUGUAAGUUCAUAUGAAAUUGACAAACGCACACUUUCUCGUAUUGAAAACUCACCAAACUCAAGUAUGUAGGCGAAGGCCUUGCGGUAUGGGGCAUUCUUCAACGUGUAGGUAUGGUGAAGGACAUUUAAAACUUACUUUCGUCACAAGCCAAGCCCAGCAAGAUAGAGCAAGAUGUAAAAUUCAACCUCAGAACUCGAACCCUCGUCAUCGCUAUGUGUUGAACAUUUUAAAAAGCGUCAAAUGCUUGAUUGUUGCUAUGCCAAACAGACUUUACCAAAACGGCAGUUUAUCAAUCGCCUUUAGCGAGUUAGCCUCCAAACUAAGUAGUACAGCAGGUAAGUGUGAGAAAACUGGCGCCGUACCGUUAUGUGUUGAGUAGUAGAUUGAGUGAGAAUUGAGAUGCAGCCGAGCGAUAAAUGGCUCAAUACUGGUACAAGAUUUCCAUUGUUUGUUUCAGAGUCGUAUUCAACAUCCUCUCCAACAGUCCGAAAAUCGAACAAACAAUCAAUCAUUUUGAACAAUCAGUUUAUUGGUCAACAUUGUACUUCUUUUCAACAAGUAUCAUGGUGUGGGGGAUGCAGCCCCAGUUUAAGUUAAGUGACACUGUGCAUCUGUGGAGGAGGCAAACCCUUUGAGAGGAACAAUGUAUCAGCGCAAACGCUGCUCUGAGAAAGAAGCGUGUUUGUAUAAACACUGGGAACGGAAACAUAUUGGGAUCACCCGAACUGCGUAUUCUGAGUGAGGCGCGCAAAGCAGAAGUUGACAUACACAUUGGGCUCAGUGUAAACGGGAUCAUGUCACCCGGGCGACGAUCGAGAGCGAUUAUGCUGAGCUUAGCAGAAAAGGUUCCGUAGCAGAAAUGUUGACAGAAGUGGGCCUCAAAUAAGUUAAGAUCGAGUCGGAAUAAGAUCAUUAUCACGUUUGCCACAGAUAGCAGUGGCUGCGAUAUGCUGGGUGAGUAAUCACUUAGUAUGUUGCAACCAGCGCACGGAACAAAGAUAAGUGUGAGAGAUACAAAACAAUCGAAAAUAAAGCAAGGGACAUUA